AGUUGUCUUGAUCUCUAUGAUUUUCUUCCUGUUGUAUCUUCUGUUUCCUGUUUUCAAACAUCAAAAAUAUAUCAAUUUCAAGUGAAAUCGGCACGUUUUUUUCUCAAUAUUAGAAUUAAUUACAUACAAUUCUGGAUUGUAAAUAAACGCAACUAAACGGUUUGCUUGUAUUUUACAAGUCAUGCCAUCCUGCGCAGCUGCUAACUGCACCAAUAACCCAAGAAAAGGAUAUCGAUUAUAUACAUUUCCAAAAGAUGUAAAGAGAAGGCAACUUUGGGCCAAAAUUUGUGGAAGAAUAAAUUGGGAACCAACUGUUCACAGUAAAUUGUGUGAGGUGCAUUUUGAAGAAAAUCAGUUUUCAGUAAGAGAGUGUGAUGGACGACGAUUUUUGAAACCAAAUUCAAUUCCAACAUUAUUUACAAAUCAUCAAAUAACUGAAAAUGGGCAAACACAAAUGGAAACUAUUCAAGAAGAAACACCUGAAUCAUUUUUAAUUGUUUAACGUAAUCACAUGAAGAAAGAUUUGUCUCUUCAAAAAUACUUAAUAAAACAAAGCAUCAAGACUAGGAAAACAUCCAUAUUUAAAAUAGAAGGAAUAAGGCAAAUAAUUAUCAUCAAGUUGCCUUAUAAGUUGCAUUUACAGGGGUAAUGAUGAAUACAUUAAUAAUUUAAUUAAAGGUAGAUAGUUAAGUUGUCAUUUUGUAUUAAACAAAUGUCUAAAAUGAGAAAAGUAUCAGGUCAGUCCAUAAUUCUGUGCACAUUUUGUUCAUACAAGUUUAGACAUUGUUUUAGUGCAAAUAAAUUCUGAUCAAAUUCAAACUGAUACUAGAUGCAGUUGAAUAGUUGCCAAGUUUAGCAGUGUUGUGCUUUUAAAAUUAUUUAUCCCUGUUAUUACAAAUGAAUACAA